AUGGCGCACAUCUGCCUCGAGCAGUUUCGGAUCGACACCUUGCGCUCGGUCGAGCGCGAAAUUAAGCCCGAGCACGUGGAAGAGGCACUCCGAAACCCCCAGCCCUUCUACUAUCAAUAUUUCCGUCAGAUUAUGUUGGACCGGCGUAUCCACACAGUGACCGGCAACAAGUCCGAUUUUAAAGAACCGCUUAGCCUCGUCGAGUACCUCUUUAAUUGGGACGACCAGUUUAUGAACCAUCGCUAUCGUGCCGGGUGGCCCGCUGACCUUCCCGAGUGGAUUUCAUGGUCGCCCGAACAGUGGGCCGAGUGGAUCGCGACACAGCAACGUCGCAUUGACCAGGCGAGAGACAGUCUUGAGGAAAGCCCCGUGUAA